AUGAGAAUGAGGAUGCGUUUGGCAUUGCUUGGAUGUGUGCUGUUGACUAUAAGCAGCCGCAGUCUUUGCCAUGCUCAGUCGAACAAUGUUACUUCUGUUACUACUAGUAGUACUUCGAGUUCUUCCGAUGUAUUGGUGUCGAUGAGUCGGAGUGUGGACACUACUACUACUACUACCAAUAGUACUAGCAAUGGGUGCACAUUCGCGGGCAAGCUCGUAUUUGGCAUGCCGACGACAUUGGACCAAUCUGGCAAAUACUUUACAUUUGGUCAAAUUCAAACUUCGACGAAUCAAUUGGUGGCGGAUUUCAUCAACCAAGAACGCUGCGGCAUUCGACUAAUGAGCCGUGGUCAGUACGCGUUGGAGCUACGGUACUACGACGAUCGAUCGUCCGUCUCCGUCACACAGCGGAUUGGUCGUAAACUGAUUGACAACAACAACUCGGGAGUCGAUUUCAUCAUGGCAGGCUAUCCGAGUGGGUUGACGGAACCAUUGGCAGAAAUCGUAGAUUCGCGCCACCGCAUGCUCAUGGCGGGAACGGCCGCGAAUCCUACGAUUUACGCCAAUCGACCCAAAACAUUUGGCGUCAAUCCUAGUGCCAAGCUGUCGCACGAAUCCGGUCUUCAAGCGUUUGCCAAUGCGGGCGCCAAGACGGUCGUGACGAUUAUGGAAGACUACAGUGUCCUGCAAACCCAAUGUGGCGCGGUACCCGAAUUGGCUGCGUCCUUAAAUAUGACACUCAUCAGUUCCAACUUGGUGGCAGCGUCGCCCAAUAUUUCGCAACUCGAACCACUCGCGCGCAAUAUUGCCAAACAAAAUCCAGAUGUCGUCCUCACGUGUUUUUACGACUGUGUGCCGUGGAUGCAAGCAUUGCGACAUGCCAAGUGGACACCGAAAGGAUUGAGUGCCACAAUUUGCAUGGGAUCGGAAACGUUGCACGAAGGCGUCGCCACUACGGAUAUUCCCUAUUUGGCUGGGCCGAGUCCCUGGAAUCCUACCGUUGUUUCCAAAGAUGCUCUUACGGGAUGGUCCUCGCAAGAAUUCGCCGAUCGAUUCCUCACUGAAUCGUCGCACGAUACUGUGCCCUAUCAUGCCGCACUUUUUGCCACGGCGCUUUCGAUUCUCGUGCAAUCCAUGGAAGCCACUGAUUCGACCAACGAAGAUACACUCGUCAAUUACAUGCUCAAUCAAACGUUUCGCACCACACUCGGCAAUGUGGCAUUCAACCCAAAUGGACAAAACAAAAUAUCCCCGCCUCUUGUUCAAUACGAUACCAACGGGGUCAUUCAAACGGUCUAUCCUCCCAAUGUCGCAUCCGCACCACUGCUCUAUCCCAUGCCGACGUGGGAACAACGCGAUUGUCAACACGUGUCGCCGUGUGGUCAAGAAGGAGGAGAGUGUACCCGUCAAGGCCAUUGUGUUUGUCUGCCCCCACAAAUCUCGGUCGGGUCGGGGGCUACCGCGGCGUGCAAUGAUCCGGAAGAACUCAAUUUUUUACCAUCGGCAUUAGUGGCAUGUGGCUAUGCCCUUUGUGUCCUGGCAUUGGUCGCAUCUGCCGUCGCGGGAGUUUGGACAUGGAUUCAUCGACGGGCGUGGAUUGUCAAGGCCAGUCAACCCGCCGUGUUGGGAUUGAUACUCGUUGGAUGUGCCAUUUCUACACUCUCCAUGAUUUUCAUGGGAUUUCAAACCACCUAUCGACAAUUGGACGAUGGACAAGAGAAUCCAGAAGUGGCACGUGUCGAUGCUGCCUGUAUGGCCGUUCCAUGGUUGUACGGCGUGGGCUUUGUCAUUGCCUUUUCCGCAUUACUCGCCAAAAUUGAACGGGUGCGAUUGAUCAACAAGGCAGGAAAAACAAAGGAAAAUACUAAAAUUGGGCUCAUGCGGGUAGGACAUAUUGUGCUUUUCAUGCUCACUGUGGAAAUUGCAAUACUGGCAGCCUGGCAGAUUGUAUCUCCAUAUCAAUGGGAACGGGAAGUGCUACAGGAAGAGAAUGGAUUCCCAGUCGAAUCCGUGGGGAGAUGCUCCUCCGAUCAAGGACCCUACUUUCUACUGGCGCUCAUCAUUUUCCACAUUGCAGCGCUUUUUUAUGCGCUCUUGUUAUGCUUUCAAACUCGACACAUAGAUGAUGAUUUUGCCGAAAGUGACAACAUUGCACAGACUGUGGCGUUCAUGUUCCAAGUACUUACAUUGGCGGUACCCAUUGCCGUUCUGGUGGAAGACAGCAACAACAUUUAUUACUUUGUACAAAUCUGUACCGUCUUUCUCCAAAAUUUUACCGUCCUGGCGUUGAUGUUUGUACCCAAAAUGAUCAAAAACUCGACGGCGCAAGGAAAUGCGUUCACGCUCACACGGAAAGAUUCCAUCCCCAUGGCGUCCAUUACACACUGCAAAUGGGAUGAAGGUGUCGAUGUCAUUCAUGAACUCAUUGCCGAGGAUUCCAUCGGAUUCACGGACGAACAACGAGACAAGUUGGUCAUGGUCAAGUCGCUCUUAUUGAAUCGGCAUCGAAAAAUGAGUCAAAAGGAAGAAAAACUUUCCUAUGUACCGACCAAUUUGCUCUUGAAGAGGUCCACCGCCAACAAUUUCAUCAUGAGAGAGUUUGGAGGCGUCAUGCUGGACGAUAACAUGUCCAUGUCGGAAUACAGUACGACGCUCGAAUCCACUCGAUCGGCAUUUCUGUUCGCGUCCGAUUCGGCGUACUUUCAGGACGAUGGAAUUUAUCACGUGCCUCCCGAAUUUCACCUCUUGCCGAAGGAAAAGAAAGAAUCCGUCUGUGACAUGCUUUCCUUUGCAUCGCUGAACCAUUGGGGAUUCAACAUUUUUGAACUGUUGGAAGUGACAGAUGGGCAUCCCCUGGUGUUCGUUGGAUGGGCCAUUCUCGGUUCCCCGUAUUCCCAAAUGGCCAUGGCCAAGGCUGCAGGGCGGAAAACCCCCGACCAAUUCGACUUGGGAGGGUACAAGUUUCCCGAUGAAAAGGGGUUCAACGUCCCCGUGAGGACCCUUUGUGACUAUCUCCGCGUGAUCGAGGAGGACUACGAAAACAAUCCAUACCACAAUGCUAUCCAUGCUGCCGACGUUCUACAGUCGCUUCAUUCACUCAUUCAAAUGACCAAAGAUACUCUCAAGCCUUCGAAGGAAGAGCUGUUAUCAAUCCUUUUGGCGGCUGCGGUGCACGAUGUGAAGCAUCCAGGAAGGAACAACGCUUUCCAGUCGCAGGCAUUGACUGGGUUUUCCCUGACGUACAACAAAACUUCGAUUCUCGAAAACCUCCAUGCUUCCCAUGCCUUCCGGCGUAUGCUCAAUAUUGACUUUACUUCGGACGAGUCCGGCCCCAACGAUGUCAGAAAGGUUUCCAAGCACUUCAAUAUCCUUUGCAACUUGAAGAAGAAGCAGUUUCAUUCUGUUCGCGAAAAGGUGAUUGAUGCCAUUCUACACACUGACAUGUCCAAGCACUUUGAGUUUGUCAACAAGAUGAAAGCGAUGGCUUUGGCCCGGCACCAACCAGGAGAUUCUCAAAGUGAGGCGUCCGGCCCCAAGGAUGAAGAGGUUUGGCAAAUCCUGCUUUUCCUUUUGCACAUGGCCGAUAUUUCCAAUUCGGCCAAGCCGGAUCCAAUCUUCUCUUUGUGGGCAGAACGUGUCAUGGAGGAAUUCUUCCAGCAAGGCGAUGAAGAGUCUCGUUUGGGUAUGCCCAUCUCGAACCUAUGCAAUCGUGCCACAGUGAACAUCCCAGAUUCCCAGUUUGGCUUUAUGAACUUUGUGGUCCAGCCAUCCUACGAUGUCCUAGGCCAACUGUUACCAGAAGUCCAGGAGGCAGUACUGCCCAUUGUCAGUAGGAAUCUCGAUUAUUGGCAGUUGGAAAAGGAGAAGAAGCACAUCCGUGGCGCGAGCCACAAGAAGGAACAAGCGGUGGAAGCCUUGAACCAUGAAAAAUCGAACUGA